UCGUAUCUCCUUUCGUAGACCGAGUCGAAGAAUGUAAGCCUAUGUAAUGCCCAAUUUAGGCCCAAUAAACACAAUCGACGGCGGGGAUCUCGUGGCUAGGGUCCCAAAGGGGCUUGCUCCGCGGUAUGGGUUUAGGGGCUCGGUCGAUCCGGCGAAGAGCCGCGGAGAAGAAGACAUCCCGAUCCAAUGGGGAGGAUUAAGGUUCACGAGCUCCGGGGGAAGACCAAGGCGGAGCUGCAUAACCAGCUCAGGGACCUCAAGAACGAGCUCAGCCUCCUCCGCGUCGCCAAGGUCACCGGCGGUGCUCCCAACAAGCUCUCCAAGAUCAAGGUGGUGAGGCUGUCGAUUGCGCGGGUGCUGACGGUCACCUCGCAGAAGCAGAAGGCAGCGCUGAGGGAGGCAUACAAGAAGAAGAAGCACAUCCCGCUCGACCUCAGGCCUAAAAGGACUCGUGCGAUCCGCUGUCCCCUUUCCAAGUAUCAGGUGGCAGAGCUCGACGUUUCCACCUCAGAGGCACCUCGGCUAUCCCUAUGCACACAGGCCAGAAUCAUGUCGAGCUGUCCAGAACAUCAAUGAUAUUUUCCUAUAACGGUGCCUCUAUAUGUUCUACUCUUUUUUGCUAUUGGUCAUUCCUACCAAAACAUUUAUUUAAUCAAAGUGUAACUGCCAAACAAGGUUUUCUGGUGAUCACUUGAUUCCUUUAUCUAGUUUUCCAUCCUCAUCAAUUAGUUUAUAUGUUUGUGUAGCUUGAACCUUUGACUACAUGGUUGUGCAUAAAGUGUCAUGCUGAUCUGCAUUGGCUGGCACGGGUUAACAUGGACUCUGCGCUGAGCCAUGCUGGCAGUGCUGACAAAUGGGCAAGUCAAUUUUGGUCAUGUGUUAGUUGGCAUAGUAUUGUGGUGAUUGGUAAAGUGGGGAAUUCGUGUGCCCUCAUGUCAUUAAACAACAAACUUAGUGUAGAUUGGUGCAAACAUGUAAUUUUUCACAUGUUAUAUUACUGGUGGUUGGUUAUUGGUGACAUGGAAUGUAUACUAUAUCUUGUGGGCACAAAUGGAUAUCUAGGAGUGUACUAGACUCUUCAGUACUUAAAUAUAGUUAAGGUUGCGAUUAGUGUCAUUUAUGAUGAGGAGAAGGGUUAGAUGAUGAAAAGAGAAGGUAACCGUGGCCUACCAGUGUAAGAGAGGAUGCCAUGUUUAACAUUUAUGAUCUUCAUUAUGGUACUACCUAACUUAAAGAUAUGGUGUGACUUGAGUAGGUGAGGGACAUGGGUCUUUCACCUGUAAAAAUA